AUGGCAGAAGAACAAAGGCGGCAAAUAGAACAGUUAAUGGGAAAACAGUCACUGAUACGGCAUUAUCGUGAACCUGGUUUAACAUCUCCUCAGACAUGUAAAGCAUAUAUCGUUGGGAUAUGUCCACAUGAUCUAUUUGUAGGAACCAAAUCCGAUCUUGGUAAGUGUCCCAAUUUACACCUACAAAAGCAUAAACUUGAAUACGAAUACAAGACAAAGACGUUGAAUGAAAAAUUUCCAGAGAUGGAAUAUCAAUAUUUUCAAAUUUUACAAAAAUACAUACAUGAUUUAGAUCGAACAAUAUCAAUAGCUCAAAAGAGAUUAGAACAUACUCCUGAAGAAAAAGCCAGGAUUUUGGAAGUUACUAGCAAACUAGAUAACUUAGAUUUUGAAAUUGGUUUAAUGAUACAAGAAUUACAAUUUUUAAUCAAACAAAACACUAAAGAAAAUGAUCACAGUUUAAAAAUAAUUAAAUUAUCCAUUAAUUUGGAUCAAAAAUUUAAAGAUCGAGAUGAAGCAAGUAAUAAGGCAAGAUUUACAAUUGAGAAUAUAGGUCAAACCUCUCAACAAAAAUUACAAGUUUGUGAUGGUUGUGGUGCUUAUUUAUCCAGAUUAGACAAUGAUAGAAGAUUGGCUGAUCAUUUUGUUGGUAAAAUUCAUUUAGGUUAUGUUCAAUUAAGACAGGCUUAUGAUGAGUUAAAAGUUAAAUACUAG